GGCAGAACCCCAGCUAUCAUGCACCGGGUGUGUAUCGCCUUUGUCGAGACUAUAUGGCCUCUCACGACGACCGCUACGGCUCAUCCUCCUCCGAGGGCGAUCGCUUUGAAUCGAAAUGGGAGACACUCAUCGAGACCAGCUAUAAGAUGUUGGGGACCACACAGUGUCCUUCCACUGGAUUGGUCCCGAACUGGGCGCAGGUCUUCGAAGAGGGCCAGCGACUCCGAGCUCAGACUGGCUUCAGCGGCAGCGGCACUCCGGGUGCUGAGUUUGGUGCAGAGGCAUCCAGGACGAUCUGGCGAGUGGUGGUGGACUUCCUACUGUAUCCAUCGGAGGCGGGACCAGCAGCAGAGUUUCUUCACCCGGUGGCGCGGCACUUGGAAAAGAAGGAGACCGCGGGUCGCUGGGCAUCCUCCUUGGACGUGGAUCGUGCCUGCCUUGUGGAGACCAUCCACCCAGGGUGGCAGGUGAACAUGUUCAUGGCGGCGCCAACGUUCGCCAGCCUUGUUUGCCCAUCUGCAGACCUGCAGGGACGGCGGCAGCAGGAGCUUCUAGACUCGGCUGGCCGGCUGGUGGCCCGCAAUCGCAUUCGGGACUACUACUCUGGAAGUUGGCUGGCCAUAAGCACCAUGACUCUCAACGGCGACCUGGCGCAAGCCGCUGCGAAUGCCAAGAUCGGUCAAGCAGCGCGCUCCCGCCCGUCACCGGUAAAGUUGAUCUCUUGA